CUCAACUGGGUCCCCCAACUCUCAACUCGCGCAGCACAGAAGAUGCCAGAGGAUGCUGAACAGCAAAUCUAUGAGCUAUUCCUUCAGCUUGCCCUCUUCUUUUACGACUCCGGCAUUCAUCACCCACACCUCCUCAUCAACUUUGACCAGACUCAAGUAGUCAUGGCCGAUAACUCAGCGAAGACAUUUGAUGGUUCAUGUCAGGUUGACAUCCUUGACAAGGAGGAGAAGAGGGCAUUCACAGCUGUUGUUGGUGUCUCUGCAUUGGGCAGCAUCCUCCUCACCCAGUUUGUCUUCAAAGGGGCGACCGAGCGCUCCCUUCCCUCUCCGAAAGCACCACACCAUGAUGAGGCCUCUCACCUUGGCUUCCUCUAUUGCUGCUGGAAUCCUGAUACGUACUGGUCAGAUCUCAACGCCAUGAGGCAAUACUUCAAUGUAAUCGUCAUUCCCUAUUUUGCUGAGCAGAAGUGCCUCCUUGGGUACCCAGAUGACCAGGAGUGCGCUGUUUUGCUCAACUGCUGGUCAGUACAUCGUGGUCAGGCCUUUCAUGACAUGGUUUGCAAGGAUUGGUUGUGGAUCCGUCUUUUCUACGUCCUGGGUGGCACAACU